AUGCGUAAUCUAACCCCAGAGAAAGCUUUCAGGUUAAAAAAGCAAAACAUUUUCGAGUUAAAUUUCAGUGAGGAACCUAAAUCUAAUAAAAUCCACAGUAGAUAAAUCAAUCUACAACCUUAAGAAACAUUAUUUUAGGCAUACACUAAAAAUAGAGUUAUCAAGUUGAAAGAAACGCAUCAAAUGCAUAGCAAAAUCUAAUCUCUCAAAUCAAAACUAAUUAGAAUCUUUAAGGAUAAUAGAUAGUAAUCCCCUCAUGAUAUGUUCACAGAUUAAUAUGGAAAAUAAAUUUUAGAAGAAUUAAAGGAAUCUCAUGUUUUAAAUAUGUCAGGGUUAUAACGAAUGGUAAAUUCAAGCGAUAAAAAUCCCUUCUUCCUAAAUCAACCUCGUCACUCCAGUGGGCUAAGAAAGUGUUAUUUUAGAUAUCCUACUGAUGCUGUAGAAAAAUUUGAUCGAAGUACUGCAGCAACUCCUUAGCCACUGCUAAGAAGGUAUACGCCACUGUUGAAAUAAAGAGUUAGAAAUUCUGAAUAAUGGAAUGAAUUAAAUGCUUGGCAAACAAAAGACGAGUCCACUACCAAUUUAUUUUGA